AUGAAUGAAAAUGAUCCGAGCCCGCUGGUUCGACGAAUGUCGAUUCGGAGAAAUCGCCGGCCAACUCAAAGAAUUGCGAUGCCUGUGGAUCAAGUUGUCAGACAAGGAGUAGCCAAUUUUGAGCCGGUUAGUUUUCAGACAAAAAUUUUUUUUGGAAGAGGGGGGGGGCUCUUUUUAGCUUUCUCAUCAGGGGCUGCUCACACGCUGUGCUAUCAAAAUACAAUUUUUCCGAAGCGCCGAUUAGCACCUAGCGUAUCCCGUUAGAAUGUCGGUCAACGUUCUCUGCGUCUCUCAAAAAUCCUCAUCUAUCACCACAGUGUGGGUUGAAGAGAUUUACUCAUAAAAAUCCUUUCAAGGCUCAGCUCAUUUUGAAAAAAUAAUGAGUUAGGAUAAGUAAAAGCUUUUAGAGCAUCUAUAUGACUGAAAAUUCCAAUUUUAUGGGGUGAAGAAAAAAUUGUGGUUUGUGAGGGGUGUAUUUGUUUUGGGAAGGUAUACUGUAGCUAGGGAUUUUCAGAAAGAUUCGAAAAAAGUUCUUAUUGGCGCCAAAAUGUACAGUAAUCUGAAGAAUUUCUAGUGGCAAAAACAACACAUUUUGGGCAAAAAUUUUAGGAAGCUUUAGAAGAAAAAUGUACAGUAAUCCAAAUCGUACUUGGUGUCAAAAAACGGCAAGUUUUUCUGGAUGCAAACAACUACAGUAACCCUAACCUACAGUAAUCUACAGUAACCCUAACCUAGUCAUAUUUGGAAUCAAAAAACGCCGAUUUUCGAGGUCAAUUUGAACUGCAGAAUUCGAAGUUUUCUUGGUUUCGUUUUCCUGGAAAAUUUCAAAAGUCAAAAAAUUAAUUAGUCGAUCAUUUUUCUAACAAAAAUUACACAAAAAAAUUUUGAUAGAGCAAACAUAAUAUUUUGGUAAGUUAUUACACUUUGAGAAGCACUGUCUUCUAUUUUUUUCGCUCUUUUUUCCCAUGUUUUUUUUCAAUACAAAGGUUCUCACAUUAAAAAAUUUCACUCACAUUAAAUCAUUUUCCAUUUUUUUCCUCUUUUUUCUUCUUUUUCUAAACUUCACCCAAAUUUAGUGUUUCCACGUAUUUGUUGCAACACCUGACAAACAUCUGUUAUUCAUUUUCAAAUAAAAAAUAUGUAGGAAAAUUUAUAUUUUCAAUACGGUACCAAUUUGUACUUUUAGGAAAUUUCGCUGACGUGGGACACAUUUUUUGGACUUUUCAAGAUAUAAAAAAGGAAUUUCAAGAUUUGAAAAAAAAAGUUUCCAUUGUGAACAUGUGAUUUUGAAAAUGGGGAGUUCUAAUUGAUAACUGAAACCUAUAAUUAUUGGUUUUUUGUCAAAUUGAAUACAAUAAAAAGAGUUAAAAAUGAUAUUGACAAAAAAAGUUAUGUUAUAACUUGUGAAAGAGGAAUCUCUGAAACUCCCUGGAGUUUUCUGAAAUUUUCUGAAGCCCUGUAGAAGCUCCAAAGCUUCCUAAACUCUUCUGAAGACUUUUUGAAGAUUCCUAGAGUUUCGUAAACAUUUUUGAAGCUUUCUGAAAUUUUCUAAAGCUCCCCAAAGCUUCUCAUAUUCUCCUGGAGCUCACUGAAGUCUUUUGGAGCUUCCUGAUGUUUUUAGACCUUCCUGAAGCUUUAUGAGUUAGGAUAUCUCAACUUUUUUAUGUAAUAUUCAAAUUUCAUGAAAAUUCAAAACUUUUUUGAGAACUCAAUUUUUCGAUUUUCGAAUUUGGCAUGGCUCAGCUUUGAAGUUUUUUCAUGACUGAGUCGUGAUAAGUCUCUCAACAUCAACUAAAAACAUAAAUUUUUCCUCCAGAAACCCAACUUCAAAAAUUCCAGAUGAUUGCUCCACCGCCACCAUCACCAAAUCCACCAGUCAACAUGAACAUUCACAGAAUGGUUCGCGCUUUCGAUGUUGAUCCAUUGCUUCCACCAUUAGAAAUGCCAGAAUAUUUGCGGGUAAAUAAAUGAAUUCUCUCAAAAAAAAACUCUCAAAAAAAAUCUGUAAUUUUCAGAAUGCAAGACCAAACAUGGGACGACCUGAAAAUCGCUACCCAGCUCGGCAAUUUGCUGAAGAUCGAGUUGCUCUCAUUGAAGAAGAAGAUGAAGCUGAAGAUGAAGCUAUGAAUAUUGUGGAUGAGGAGCAUAAUGAGGUAGAUCAGGGUCCGAUGAAAAAUAUAUCUUCUAGAAACUUCAGAUCAAAAAUUCUGAAUUUUCAAAAAUAUUUUUAAAUUUUGAAAAAGUUCUGAAUCUUUUCUCAGAAACUUGGCAGCUUUUCUAAAAUUACAGACCAAAAUUUGAAAAAAAAUUUUCAGGAUGCUUACCGUGUCGAAUUUCACAUCCCACCAAUUGAAUACAGAGUAAGCAAUCCAAAAAAAUCAGACUUAUGGUAAAUCCAAAUUUUCCAGGGAUUCUUCAGAAACUUGCCAUUCCGUGGACCAGAUCGUCGUGGUGUUGUGCUUGCUGGACAAAGAGCUGCAAAUGUAUGAAAAUUGAAUUUUUAUGAAAAUUAAAAAAAAUUCUGCAUAUAAAAUAUUUCAGAAUCUUCAAGCUCGCUUCAUUCGUCAUCCAAGGGUUCAUAAUAAUGUGGGUUUGGCAAAAAAAAUCUGGAAUUUCAGAGAUGUAAAACUGAAAUUCACAAAUUUCCAGGCUCGCCGUGGACAAGCAUCGGUUGGAACUCAAACCGAGCCACGCAACAGAAAUGCAGUCAACAAUUUUGGAAGAGUUAGUCUAACUUCUUGGCAAAAAUAUAAUCAAAUUUGUUUGUUUUUCAGAACAACGCGGCUCCGAAUCAAGCUGGAGCAUCGGUGAGUUAAAAUAUCUCGACAUUAAAAAAUCACAGAAAAAAUGAUUUUCAGGGAAGUUUGGUGCGAAAUCUACCAGAUGUUAGUGAAGAAGAACGCAUGGAAGAGGGCUCUGAACAAUAA